GGCUUCCCCAUAGAUGACAUAGCACCCUCGAUGUACGUGCGUGAUCCCUUUGGAACGUUCAGCUACACCUAGGACUGGCACAGCUCGACCGUCGUAGUUGAAAUCGACAUUCCAAUCUUCAAUCAACAGGUCGCGAUGGCCGAGCUUAAAGCCAUCAAACUAAAAUACGGGAAUGUGCAAGAUGUUAUAGCUGGCAAGAACCUCGUGGUGUUACCAGAUGCACUUUCAGACCCCAGGCUCGAUGGACUAUCAGAUGCAGCGCUCACCGAUACACCGAGCAACCUCUCCGGCUUUGCGUUGUCCAAAUCAACGCCAACAUCACAACAGGUCAAGAGCUUUUUUGCGAUGAAUGCCGCCGCUCAGAGUGCGACGGACCCUCUGACAGAUGAGAUAGCUGGAAACAUCGAUCUCCAGUACUACGGCCCAGUUGGGUUUGGGAACGAGACACAUCCACAACAGCUCUCAGUGAUCAUAGACACGGGCUCUGCAGACCUCUGGAUUCCUGUUGGAUGUGGCGAUUGCGUGAAUCGACAAUACGAAGCUAAUGCGAGCUCGACGUACACAGACACCGGGAAUUCAUUCAAUGUGACUUACGGAUCCGGCAAUGUAGGAGGCACCCUUGCGCAUGAUACGAUCGGUGUUGGUAGUCUGAAGAUCGAUAAGCAAUACUUUGGUGCUGUCACCCACGUAUCGAGUGACUUCAAUGACGAUCCGAUCUCCGGCCUCAUCGGGCUUAGUUUCAGCUCUAUUGCGGCGUCAGGGGAGCCAACGUUCUUUGAGAACCUGAUCAUGCAGGACAAGGUCUCGGCACCAUUCUUCUCUGUGUAUUUGACAAGAGGAAAGGCGAACGGGUCGACGAUAACUCUUGGAGGUUUCGAUGUGUCGAAGGCAGAGGGACCUUUGACAUGGGUCCCAGUUAUUUCCAAGACCUACUGGACAGUACAAUUCGAUGGAGCUGUUGUGGAAGGGAAAAACGUAACUGGUGACCUCCAUGCGGCAAUUGACACGGGUACUACUUUGAUAUACCUCUCACAGGCUGUGGCAUCCUCGAUCUACGCCAAUAUACCCGGGGCGGGCCCCGCAGCAAAUUACGACUCUAAUUUCUUCUCCUUUCCAUGCAACUCCAGCCCCACAAUUUCAUUAUUACUUGGUGGGCACGACUUCGGCCUUGACCUUCAAGACUUCAAUCUCGGACAAGAGGCAGACGGGUCAAAAAACUGCAUCGGCGGAAUCGUUGGGAUGGAUGAUGCAUUCAUGGAAGGAUUUGCCAUCAUCGGGGAUGAGUUUUUGAAAUCAUGGUACUCGGUGUAUGACUACUCCCACGGGGCGCGGGUAGGUUUUGCCCCAAAUAUUAAUAACGCGCAGUAGGAUAUUUGGAACUCUUGAUACCCCAAUGGACACUAGCGUAUCUAAGUUUGAGAGAGAUGGCGGAUCAGGUCAGCCUGAGUAGACGGUAUCGUCAUCAUCGUUAUUGUUCCUUCGACGGACUUCAGAUUAUACCAAAGUCAUACGAUUUGAACGUAAUGAGGUAGAUCAGAGCCUUUAUUCCACAACCGACGUGAACCACCACAAAGAGCUGCUGCCAUGCUGUC